AACUGUAAAUUGAAUUGGGGAUUUAACUAUUUAAGUACUCUGUAGCGCAGUAAGUUAGAAAGAGUGGGGGAACCAAGAGCAGAGCCACGAGAAAAGUAGCGAUGGCUUCCAGAGCUGUGGCAUCAAGAGCGAUCCGAAUCAAGACGAAGCUGUCUUCCGAGCUGAAACCGGUCCUGAUCGAAGUCGAAGACGUCUCCCACCAGCACGCCGGCCACGCCGCCGUGAAGGAUAGCGGAUCCGGCGGCGAGACGCACUUCAACGUGAAGAUCGUCUCCGACAUAUUCGACGGCCAGAGCCUCGUGAAACGGCACCGCAUGGUGUACGGCCUUCUCGCCGGCGAGCUCGGAUCCGGACUCCACGCUCUGUCGAUUGUGGCUAAAACCCCCAAAGAGGCUUGAAUUUGUCCCAUGUUUCAUUCCAUUUUAGUGAGUGCGGCAAAAACCCUUGAAGAACCUUUUAAUCUUAUUUCUAUCUU